AAGGCCUCCUACGCACUGGCGACCAUGGUCGCCGCGACCUAGCCGCGGCGGCCAGUGAAUUCUGGACUUUAUAUGGCAAUCGCUAUAGCCCCUACGCACUUAGCGGCCAGCGACCAGCGGCCACCGUUGGCCGCGGCGUCCAAUUUGAUGCCACGCGACCAGCGACCAAUCGUGGCCGUCGAGAACAUCACUUCUGUAUUAAAAUUCAUCAGUGCUACCGCAUCGGCCGCGGCGACCAGACGUGUAGCUAGCUACAGAGUGAUUAUUUUACAAUGGCCAAUUUCGACACGGAAAGGUUCAUAAUUGAAGUUGAAAAUAGAAGAGGUUUAUGGGAUUUAGCAUCAAAUGAUUACUCCAAUAAAGAUGUUAAGCGGCAGUUGUGGCUUGAAGUGGUCGAUAUAUUUGGCGGUGAAUCCAUGGAAGAUAAAGAAAAGGCAGAACUUGGCAUUACUCUCCAAAAAAGAUGGAAAAACCUUAGAGACUGUUUCACAAGAGAGCUGCGCCGUCUUAAAGAUGUCAAAAGUGGUUCUGCUGCAAAACGUAAAUCACAAUACACCUAUUUCAACCAAUUACUGUUUUUGAAAUCAGUGCUGGACACAAACGCAACAGAAAAUAGUCUCGAAGAGGCAAGUCAAGAAAAUGAAAGUGCAAGAUCUUCUGAUCUUGAGACUCAACAGUCUGCAUCAAAGUCGCUUAGAACAAAAAGGAAGAAAAAAAUACCAAACGAAGAAUCCGAUACAGACCCUCUAAUUUCAGUUCUGCAUAAGACCAUAGCGACUACACAGAAUGAUUCAAAUUGUGACAGACUGUUUCUUUUAUCCCUCCUCGAAAGAUUUCAAACAAUCCCUGCUGCAAUGAAGACCAAAGCGAAAAUGGAAAUCAUGGAAAUUAUAGAAAAAUACCAACCGAACUGUACACCUACAACAGCGCGCAUAAACUAUUCAAGUAAUUUCAAUACUCUUAACGACCAAGAAUAUGACCCGCAUCGACCGAGUUAUUCAGGUUAUUCUACUACCAACAGGAUAUCAGAUGAUUCAAAUUACAGCGAUACUCAUACUCAUUAUUCUGAUAUUUCUCAAAAUUCAGAAAUGAUAGACCUAUUUCCCAAUGUGAAUGAUUAAUUGUUCACAAUUGCCAUUUUUUAAGUUAUGAAAAUACAAAUAAUUUGAUUAUCUA